AUGAGUACUCGUCUCAAAGUCGUUAAAUACUCUCUAUACGCCACUGUUGAAGUCUCUUCUUCCAAUGCGAUGCCUUAUGCUGAAAACAAAUUUCUCUCGGAGAUUCUUCACAUUGAUGUUUUAUGUGGAAGUAGAAUUUUACCCAUGGAUGUUUUGCAGAUUAUAACCGCUUCUGCGGAAGUUGACGUUAUUCAUUUGUGA